AUUUACUACUUAAUAUUUUCUUUCUCAUAUUCCACAUAUAUGGAGCACCAGAAUAUUUGGAAUAAGUAAUAGUACCACCAAUAUUUUAUUCCUAUCUUUUGAAAUAAGAGAAUGUAUAAUUUUGCAGAUAUGUCAAACCAAAAUUUCAUUUGUUUUCAAGGAUUAAGAUGCUGAUUCUUCCCCCAGUUCCAGUUCCAAAGAUUAAAGGAAUUGAUCCAGAUCUCCUCAAGGAAGGAAAAUUAGAAGAGGUGAACACAAUCUUAGCCAUUCAUGACAACUAUAAACCUGAAUUCUACAACGAUGACUCUUGGGUUGAAUUCAUUGAAUUGGAUAUUGAUGACGCAGAUGAAAAGACUGAAGGAUCAGACACAGACAGACUUCUCAGCAACGACCAUGAGAAAUCACUUAACAUCCUCGGGGCAAAGGAUGAUGACUCUGGACGUACCAGCUGUUAUGAGCCUGACAUUCUGGAGACUGAUUUCAAUGCCAGUGAUGUGUGUGAUGGUACUUCAGAGGUUCCUCAGCCACAGAGGUUAAAAGGGGAAGUAGAUCUCUUGUGCCUUGACCAGAAGAAGCAAAAUAACUUACCCUCUACUGAUACUGCCCCUACCACUCAGCAGCCCAGUGUUAUCCUGGCAAAGGAAAACAAACCAAGACCGCUCGUGAUUAGUGGAACGGAGUCAACUCAUCAAGCUGCCCAUCCUCAGCUGAGCAACCCGAGUUCACUGGCAAACAUCGACUUUUAUGCCCAGGUAAGCGACAUCACUCCAGGCGGGAGUGUGGUCCUUUCCCCAGGCCAAAAGAAUAAGGCAGGGAUAUCCCCGUGUGACAGGCCUCCGGAAGUGGUCUCACUCUGCCAAGCAAACUUCAUCAUGGACAGCGCCUACUUCUGCGAGGCCGAUGCCAAAAAGUGCAUCGCUGUGGCCCCUCGCGCCGAGGUUGAAUCGCGUGUAGAGCCAAGCUUUAACCAGGAAGACAUGUACAUCACCACAGAAAGCCUUACCACUACCGCUGGCCGGUCUGGGACCGCAGAGCGGGCUCCGAGCUCGGGGAUGCCCGUCCCGGACUACACCUCCAUUCACAUCGUUCAGUCUCCACGGGGCCUCGUGCUCAAUGCGACUGCCUUGCCCUUGCCCGACAAAGAGUUUCUCUCAUCAUGCGGCUACGUGAGCACAGACCAACUGAACAAAAUCAUGCCGUAGCCUUGCUUGGAUUUCCCACAAGCUACGUAUUUAAUGGUGAAGAGUUGGCUAGGGCCUGAGUGCUUAAACCAAAACGAUGUUUAAACCUUUCUGGGGGCGAUGAGGGGGUGGAUUCUAAAUGCCUUUUCCUGAAUUGUUGAAACAGAAUAUUAAAAAAAAAAAAAAAAAAAAAGAGGCCUAAGCAGAUAGAUAUUCCUAUUGUGAAUUGUAAAUAUUUUAAAGAAUUGUCUCAAAGACUGUUUAGUGGCACUGAUUGUCUUGUUAAUGUGGGUGUUAAUUUUGUGAUACUAAGCAUUGAAUGGCUGUUUUUAAUGUAUAGUAAAUCAUGCUUUUUGAAAAAGCGAAAAAUCAGGUGGCUUUUGCAGUUCAGGAAAAUGGAAUGCAAAUCAGAGCACAGGCUAUUUUUUUUUUUAAAUAAUUGGGAACUAAAAUUAUAGGUAGGAAGGCAAAAAAUAGUUUGGAUAUGUAAAACAUUUAUUUUGACAUAAAAUUUAUAAAGAUAUUUUUAAUAAUUUACACUUCAAGCACGGCUAUUUUGUAUCACACUACACGCUGUGUACUGUAGUUCAUGCAGACCCGUCUAAAGAAUGUAGCGACUACAGUCUAAAGCUGGUUUGCUGCUUGGUCAGUAUACCUAAAGAAAAACAAAUAAGCAGGUUAGUUUUUUACCAGGCCCUUUUUAUACCUCCCCAAACUCCUUAAACAGUUCUAAAAUGAUUGUAGUUACCUGCAUUACUGGAACACGCUCAUCUUAUUUAAAAUUUUUUUUUCAAAUAUUUGUUAAUUGAAAAAAACUUUCAGAUGGAUGCACAGGUCAACUUGUCGUGAACCGAAACAGUCAGACAAAAAACUCUUUCUUACCUGAAUUUUGGUUCAUGUCAGAGAGCUCCACAGUAGGAGAGGUAGAAAGGAUAGCCAGGCCCGGUGGGCAGGCUGCUUGGGUGCUCCUGUUGAAUGGGGAGGGAGUUUUUAGUGCGGACAUGAUGAUCCUGAGAGGUAGACCCCAGAAGCUCUGCAGUAGCAUCUCUUCAGACAUGACUUGAUUUUGUUACAUGGUUACCGAAGAAGGGAACAAAGUACAAGAAGCAUUCUGUAAGUUGAAGUAGGUCGAAGCGAAGUUCAACCAGAUCAUGGAAUACAAAGUUCAAGAAACAGGUUUUUGUUUCCCAGCCGAUAGCCAGACAUACACCCACUCGUCCUGGUAACAAGAAACAGAAGGAACAAGAUUUUAAAUCCCCACAGAGAAGUCAAAAUUUUCUUAAACCCAUAGCGGAAACUUUCUUCCUCACCAAACCCUCUCUCGGGUUUAUUUAAAGUAGCAAACGAAGAAGUCUCCUCAUUUUUUAUUUCCCCUCUGAGUGGCUUGGCCUCAAAGCGGGUAGUCAGAAGGAAAAGAAGGGGCCUGAAAUGAUGUAUAAAUUAUUGUUCAAUCCCUUAGUAACCUCAGCACCAUUCUUAGGAGCGUUGGGAUUGCUCCCCAAAAGGUUUGUCAAAGGAGAAGAAUCUCAUCUCACUGAAGAAUGCUUCUCACUUUAAGUAUUUUUUUUUUUUUUUACAUUUAAUGAAACUUUAAAGUUAGCUGUAACUUAAAUAGUAUUUGCCAUUUAGCUCAGACCUUUUUAGGAAACAGGCUUAAUGGUUGGUAAUUUUAAAUUCCCUCUUUCUUGCAGGAAGGACAGUGAAAAGCUAGAACUGGGUGUUCCAAGUUCAACAUGUUACUUUGUAAUAAGUGUUUAAUAGGUUUUCUGCUACCUUGCUGCUAUGGUUUUCUCUAAGAGCUACAUAAUUUAGUUUCAUAUGCAAUUUCAUCAAUGUAGAACCUAAUUCAACUUAAAACUGUGUGCUUGGGAAAACUAUCUUACUGUUUCACAAUAGGCUGACAACAAUUUCUAUAGCCAAAAAUAGCUAAAUACCUCAAUCAGUCUCAGAAUGUCAUUUUGGUACUUUGCUGGCCACACAAGCCAUUAUUCACUAGUAUGACUAGUUGUGUCCUGCAGUUUAUAUUUAACUUUCCUUAUGUCUGUGGAUUUUUUUCCUUAAAAGUUUAAUAAAUUUAUUUUCUUGGA